AUGAGUCUAAGUGAGCAUUGCUUCGUGGCUGUUACCCACGACGGAACACCGGAGGGCACGGUACAAGAAAUCGGUGGCAUCCAAUGCUACGUUGCGACUCCCAACAACACGUAUCCUAAAGAAAAAGUCCUGCUAUACCUCUCAGACAUUUUCGGCCUUGCUCUGCAGAACAAUCGCCUGCUUGCAGACGAUUUUGCGCGUAAUGGGUUCAAAACCAUCGUGCCCGACCUUUUUGAAGGGGACCCCAUUCUCGUUCAGCCUCCACUUGAUUUCAGUCGCGAGGCUUGGGGCGCCAAACAUGGACCUGCUCAGGUUCGGCCAAUCAUCGACAAGGUGAUGGCUGCCUUGAAAGACGAAGGGGUCGUCGAGUUUGCUGCAACCGGUUUUUGUUUUGGAGCUCGAUAUGUCUUCGAUCUUUCAUUCGAGAACCUUCUCAAGGUCUCCAUUGUCUCCCAUCCUUCGAGGCUUGUCGUCCCAGACGAUCUGCAUAAAUAUGUGGCAGUUUCGAAGUCGCCUCUGCUCAUCAACAGCUGCGAAGUGGACAAUCCUUUCCCCCUAGCCGCGCAAGCGCAAGCAGAUGAAAUCUUGGGUGGCGGCAAGUUUGCUCCAGGUUACAAACGGGAGUAUUUUGCGGGAUGUAGUCAUGGCUUUGCGGUUCGCGGAGAUUUGCAUGACCCUCGAGUCAAAGCGGGGAAGGAGGGCGCGUUUAAGGCGUCCAUUGAGUGGUUGGUCUCUUUCUUUUCGACCACCACCAUGCCAGUGCUCCAUUCUCAUGAAGUCAACCGUCGAGGCGAGCUCAUGGUCAAGCUCUUCAAUGUCAAACUCGUACCCUACGAUGCUGCCCGCCUCCCAGAUGACGUUUGGCUCGAGAUUAUGCUCUCUUGUACUCCUCGCGAGCUCCUUGUUCUUCAAACUGUAUCCUCACGAUUGCAUUCAAUCCUCGCUGGGAACCCUCGCUGUUGGCCACAGGCUCGCAACAAUAUGGUUCCGCCAGUCCCGCCUCCUCCUCAAAACAUCCUCGCUGCUGGAGUUUGGACUGAAGCUGCAUAUGCUCAACUAAUAUUUGGUGGUGGACCGUGCAUCGUCAAACCAUGCAAACGCUUCACGACAAACUUCCCACUUUCCUUCUCGUUACGAAUCCGUGUUUGCUCGAAACACUGCCAAAACGUUCUUUCGCGGAACUACAAAGAAGAUACGCGCAAAAUUAAGAACGCUUAUCUUACAUCGGUGGGAAUCCCAGGUCGUCGCGGCCUUCGUAAAAUCGGUCAAACCCAACGACUUCACUUCCGUGACUGGCUGGCCUACGAUGAGCGCAACUUGACACAAUUCCCGACCUACCGUGUCACUGUCCUUGCUGACGCAGACCAAGAAUGGUGGGCGGCGCGUGCCCUUACGGAAAAACGCUCAGCGAAACCACCGGUCAAGGUUCCGCGAACCGUAUCGCAACUCCAGGAGCAAUACCGACUGCGCGCAAAAGCUCUACCAUCCAUCAUUCAAAACGCUCAAGCCCUUCAGAAGUGGGUCAAAGAGUACGAAGUUGCACGACAAGCGGUAGAGUUGGAGAACGUCCGAUUCAUGAAGGAGAGAAUCAGUCCACGAGAACAGCUGCAGUAUCGCAAGUUGCUCAAGACGCCCACGAUGAGGCAAACGAUGAAGCUGUAUGGCGACUCGCUGGGGAAGAUGGACGUCCGAGCCUGGUGCUCCGUUCGCCCUCAAGUUAUCAAGGAGUACAAGAUCGAACUAGCCGAAUCGAGGAAGGCGUUGGCGGAGGCGCGCAAAUCACAAGACCCCAAGCAACCGCCACAGCUUGCCGUCAAGGAGAAGGAAAAUUUGGUUGCCAUCUUGCAAUCGAUAAGUCCUGCGGCUCCGCGGCCUGACGCGCUGCAGGAAGUCGCCAAACUUGUGGAGGAGGUCCCGAAGUCUAAUGCUUCACUGGUGCCCCGCGAGGAGUGCUUGAAGGCGUUCUUGCAUGAGCGAAAGCGGAUCUUGGAGCUACCUGUCCGACGCAAAGAGAAUCGCUUACCCCUUGGCUCUUUGGACAACAACGAUGAUGGCAUGACCGAAGCAGACGAUGAUAUGGUUGAAGUCCUCAUUCCGACCGGCCCUCGAGUUGAUGAGGUAGAAGCACAGGACUGCUGGGCCGAUUUCGAGGCGGCUCUGGCUGCAGACCCGGGCCGUGUCUUUCUUGAUCCAUUCUCGUCCUCGCCGGCAAUACCUUCUUUUGACCUGUCUGGAAACGAGUUGGAUCCUGUUGCAGCCAUGACUUUGGAGGAAUGUUGGCCUGGAGCGAGGCGGAGUCCUAGUAUGGAUGUCGACGAGGGGCUUGGAUUUGGAGAAGUAUCGAUGGCGACUACUUCGGGGCGGUCUUUUGAUUCCACAAUCUAUCACGGAGAACCAUCGACAAGCGACGAGGUUGGAGAGGAUGAGGAUGAAGAGGAAGCGGACGACGACGACGACGACGACGACGACGACGACGACGACGGUUCCUCUUCCUCAUCGUCGUCGUCUGAGGAAGAGUAA